AUGCUCAGUCUGUAUGACCGCAGUCUGUAUGACUACAGUCUGUAUGACUGCAGUCUGUAUGACUACAGUCUGUAUGACCGCAGUCUGUAUGACCGCAGUCUGUAUGACCGCAGUCUGUAUGACUACAGUCUGUAUGACUGCAGUCUGUAUGACUGCAGUCUGUAUGACCGCAGUCUGUAUGACUGCAGUCUGUAUGACCGCAGUCUGUAUGACCGCAGUCUGUAUGACCGCAGUCUGUAUGACUGCAGUCUGUAUGACUGCAGUCUGUAUGACUGCAGUCUGUAUGACCGCAGUCUGUAUGACCGCAGUCUGUAUGACCGCAGUCUGUAUGACCGCAGUCUGUAUGACCGCAGUCUGUAUGACCGCAGUCUGUAUGACCGCAGUCUGUAUGACCGCAGUCUGUAUGACCGCAGUCUGUAUGACCAGUCUGUAUGA